AUGGGAAAAAUUGUACUCUUGUUAAUGUUUGCAGCCUGCUUGGCACUGGUACUUGCACAAGACGAAGGCGACAAUGAUUCGCGUCCACAAAGACGAGGACGACCUGGUCGAGGUCCACGACCUGGUGGUGACGGACCUGGUGGUGACGGACCUGACGGACCUGGUGGUGACGGACCUGGUGGUGACCGACCGGAUGGUGACAGACCGGAUGGUGACAGACCUGGUGGUGACAGACCUGAUGGUGACCGACCGGGUGGUGACAGACCGGAUGGUGACCGACCGGAUGGUGAUAGACCUGGUGGCGACAGACCUGAUGGUCAGCGACCUGAUGGAGAUGGAGGAAACUAA